AUGGUGGUUGUUGAGAUAAAGGUACACGCAUGCACGAAUGGUGAGAGUUGUUUGUCUGAUAAGGAAACUGUAGGCGUCAUUGUCACGGACACAGACUUCAUCAAGCUUGACUUCAACGCCUGUGGGGUCAGCCCUGGAAACCCAGGACCCAGUUAUCUCUCAGGAGUCGCCAGAUGCAGGCCCACCACGGGGUGUAAGCACAAGAUGGGCUACGGCUUCAAAAGAGGCGGUUAUGUGUGUGUCUGCAAGUCCGGAUGGCGAUAUCCCUGGUACCUGGACCCGCCCUAUCAGGGCGACAGUGUGGAGCAGGCUACCCAGACGGAGUACCUUGGCGGAUUCCAAUGCACGCCCUCCGACUAUCGCUUGGUACUGCCUGUGGUGGACAAUCUGUCUGGUGCUUCGGUAGAGGGCGCUGGUGGUAUCGGCGCUGGGGGACGAUUGGAGAAGAAAUCUGGCGCCGGUCGGAGACGCAGGAACGCUGAGAGAGCUCAUAAAAGUGACAUCAACUCCACGACUCUGUACCGUAGAGGCCACGAGGGUGAGGGAUCGGCGUCGGGAGACGGGCACGACUUGGAGGAGCUCGCUCACCACAACACUGCCGUCAAGUACAGCAUCUCAGACAUGAUGGCAUUGGCUGAGAAACUGGCACAGAUCCGGGGUGAAGUUGAGACAAAAGGAAUCUACACACAUCAAGGUUCAGGCGUGACAAUGACAUUCGAGACUUCAAUUGAAGACGACUAUGCUGAGAAAAACAACGUUGCCCAGAGCGUAGAGAAAGAGUAUCAGAAAGACGUGAAGGAGCACCACACACUGCGGCAGGCUCUGGAGUUGGAUUACCGAGAGCACGGGGGGAACCUGACCCUCACAGCGGAGACUCUGAGAGACAGCGUCGUGAGAGUCAGAGACAGGCAUAUACAGCGCUUUCAAGUAAGCAAAGAAAAAACGAAGGGAAUAAAGAAAAUAAUUAAAGAAAGAAAGAAAGAUAGACAGAAGGACAGAAAGAGAGAGAGAAAGAAAAGUACAGAGAAGAAAAAGAAAGAAAGAAAAAAGAAAGAAAGACAUACCCUGUAAAAAUAAUGUGGUGUACAAUUGUGUAGACACCUUAAAAGUUUACUACACAUCACAAUACGAAAACAGUACUAUAAUUGUAUCUCUUUCUUAGUCCUAUUUCUCUAAUAAAAGGAUGAAGCAAUAUAAAAUAAUGGUUAUUGGGUAUUAAACAUGAUUCCUCACCCCAGGACCUACUAAAAUAUCCGGUCACGAUUUGUUAUUUUGCCCAUUUGUAGACUGCAAUAGAAUUACUGUCCUGUUUCUUCUCGGAGACUACAUAAUAUAAUCAGUCAAAUGUUGAAAUCUAAGCUCUGCUAAGGACGCUGUAGAUCAUUUCGAAGGUUUUCCUACGUUUGGACAAAGGAAUGGGAGGAACUAUUUUAGAUAUAUAAGAAAAUUAUGCGUAUACCCCUCUCGGAAUUAAAACUCGUUUUUCUACUUGGAAGAUCAAGUUUUGUAGCUUACCCCAGCUCUGCAGUCGGAAAAAUUUCAGAGCAGUGGGCAGUCGUUUAACCAGUUCAGAGCAGAGGCGUCGCCAUCUAUGUCUGUAAAGACACGCUAAAAAAUGGUCAUUCGAGAGAGC